AUGAUACCUGGGGACUCAGGCGAACAAAAGUCGGGGAAAGCCGACAGACUUCCGACCAAGAUAAAGGGUGGCGCCAUUUAUGGAGGAGACAUUCUUGCCAAAAAGGUUUCAGAGUUAAUCCAUGAAAUGAAAAUUGGCAACUGGAUCUGGACUGUAGCGCGAUUCCACGAAGCCAAGGAAAUCGUCAAUGACGCCUCUCGAAUGUACCUGAUCCCGCUCUCUGAUACUUUCACCCUCUUCCUGAAGACCGAUGAAGGAAGAACAUCCCAGCAGGUAUUGGAAGAAGGGCAAUACGCAUACAUCAAAACAGAUGCCAUUGUCUGCGCUAGAGCUAGCGUUAUCUUCCUCAUUCCCCCAUAA